AUCGCAACAUUAACUUUUUUUACUCAUAAAAUUUGACCGAACUUGCAAAGCCUUAUUCUUUAAAAAUGAAACCAAAUUAAAUAGUAUCUUAAAAGGUCAACUGAGCCAAGAGAUUGGAACCCUCGUAGAACUGCCGGAUCCUGAGCAUUCUUCCAUCCAUGAGAGAAGUUCACAGUGUAAUAAAAAAGACAUUGGGGCAUUUGAUCCUGAAAGAUAUCUGAUAGAUUUCAUGGAUCCUGAUGAUGAUUUGCAAGCCGUGAUCAAAUCCAAGUUUGGUCUUCAGCUGAAAAUCGAUGCGGAUGACACACAACGACUAAAGGAUUUUCCGAAAAAGAAAUUGCCGAAGUAG